AGCAGCAGCUGGGAAUAUCUAUCACGUUCUUUAUCCGUGCCAGUCUAAGUGCAGCCAGGCUUGCAGCCCUCCUCGUAUCAUAUUUUCAGUCAUCUCUAUACCUUCUCGGCUCAGCUUUGUAUGGUACAACCCAAACGUUUAUCCACCUUUAGAAACCUGUCCUUCUUUUCCAUCCCCGUCUUACAGGCGUGUGGGCUAUGGGCAUUUUCUGUUUCCGUGCGUUAUCUCCAGUCCCCGAUCCAAGUUGUAUGUCGUUCUGGGAUCACGCGGGAAGAGCUUGUGGCCCUACUGCUUUUGUUCUCGUGCGCGGGCAGGAAGUCAAUUUCAUCCAAUUACUCUUGCCCGAUACAACUCAAGUCUUCCUUUGUUUUCCUUUCACCUCCUUUUUGUGUGCCUGCCUCUAUAUGUUGUUUUGAGAUUUGGCCUUUUUUGACAUCUCUUUGUAGUCAUGCGUCCUGCGGAGAUGCCCCUCCUUCUGGCAUCCCCCAUCCAUUCCGUAGUCUUGGGUGGUCCCAAGACUCCUCGCGCGAGUUUGACGAUGCGGAAGGCCUGUUACACAUUGCAAUUUUAUAUCUCAGUGGUGCUGUGCGAGUUCUGGACGUCACUCUCAUGAUAAGCUGUCCCACUUUGAAAUCUCCUUCAGAACAACGACUAACUUAUAUAUAAAUACUACGACGACGAAAUUUCGAACGAAAAGCGUUC